AUGAGUUCUUGUUCAAAGUCAAGCAAGAGAUUGGAGAUAAUUCGAACUAAAAAUCAAAUUUCUGAAAUCCACGCGAAGAACAAGCCUGGAGAAUCGGGAGGCGCAAGUGGUGGUGGUCGUCGGAGAAUUGGGAGGCGCUACUACUGGUGGUGGUCGUCGGAGAGCCGAGAUGCGCUAGUGGUGGUGGUCGUCGGAGAACCGGGAGGCAGUGGUGGUGGUGGUCUCGGAGAAGGCGCUGAAUCGGGAGGCGCAAGUGGUGGUGGUCGUCGGAGAAUUGGGAGGCGCUACUGCUGGUGGUGGUCGUCGGAGAGCCGAGAUGCGCUAGUGGUGGUGGUCGUCGGAGAACCGGGAGGCAGUGGUGGUGGUGGUGGUAUCGGAGAAGGCGCUGAAUCGGGAGGCGCAAGUGGUGGUGGUCGUCGGAGAAUUGGGAGGCGCUACUGCUGGUGGUGGUCGUCGGAGAGCCGAGAGGCGCUAGUGGUGGUGGUCGUCGGAGAACCGGGAGGCAGUGGUGGUGGUGGUCUCGGAGAAGGCGCUGGUGGUCGGAUUGCUGAGAGAGAGAGUCAGGAAAUUGGGGGUUCUUACCUUGGAUGUAGGCCUGGAGAAUCGGGAGGCGCAAGUGGUGGUGGUCGUCGGAGAAUUGGGAGGCGCUACUGCUGGUGGUGGUCGUCGGAGAGCCGAGAUGCGCUAGUGGUGGUGGUCGUCGGAGAACCGGGAGGCAGUGGUGGUGGUGGUCUCGGAGAAGGCGCUGAAUCGGGAGGUGCAAGUGGUGGUGGUCGUCGGAGAAUUGGGAGGCGCUACUGCUGGUGGUGGUCGUCGGAGAGCCGAGAUGCGCUAGUGGUGGUGGUCGUCGGAGAACCGGGAGGCAGUGGUGGUGGUGGUGGUAUCGGAGAAGGCACUGAAUCGGGAGGCGCAAGUGGUGGUGGUCGUCGGAGAAUUGGGAGGCGCUACUGCUGGUGGUGGUUGUCGGAGAGCCGAGAUGCGCUAGUGGUGGUGGUCGUCGGAGAACCGGGAGGCAGUGGUGGUGGUGGUCUCGGAGAAGGCGCUGGAAAUUGGGGUGUAGCGGAAUUUAAGUGA